CAUUUUCAUUUCCCUCUUUGUGUCAUUGCAGUGUCUCCAAAAAUCACUGAGAUCUCUUCUGACAUCUCCAUCAACGAGGGCGGCAACGUCAGCCUCACCUGCAUAGCCACGGGCAGGCCAGAUCCAACAAUCACCUGGAGACACAUCUCGCCCAAAGCCGUGGGCUUCAUCAGCGAGGACGAGUACCUGGAGAUCACGGGCAUCACGCGGGAGCAGUCGGGCGAGUACGAGUGCAGCGCCUCCAACGAUGUGGCAGCGCCCGUCGUCCAGCGAGUCAAAGUCACCGUCAACUACCCGCCGUACAUCUCGGACGCUAAGAGCACCGGGGUGCCAGUGGGGCAGAAGGGCAUCCUGCUCUGAGAAGCCUCUGCCGUCCCUUCCGCUGACUUCCAGUGGUACAAAGACGACAAACGGCUGGCUGAAGGACAGAAAGGACUGAAGGUGGAGAACAAAGCCUUCUUCUCCAGACUGACUUUCUUCAACGUCUCCGAGCAGGACUACGGCAACUACACCUGCGUAGCCUCCAACCAGCUAGGAAACACCAACGCCAGCAUGAUCCUCUAUGAAGAGACAACUACCGCUCUGACACCCUGGAAAG